UUUAACCCUUUGUGGGACAGUGGGACACAUACGUCCCACAUAGUGCUCCACUCUAAAGGGCUCGUACGAAGCAGAAGGAAACCGGAAUCAUUCUUGUGAUGUGCUACCACCUAUUGAGAGGUUUCAGUACUUCUUUUAAAUAUAGUUUCAGCAGCCUCCACUAGAUGAGGCAGUGAGUCCAGAACUUGAAACUUCGUUCUUUUUUUCUGAUGCAUUGGAAGUUUUUGACUAUAUGCGAUCCGGCAGAAAAGAAAAUCAACAUGCCUGGUAAGUAAUUCCUUUUUUCUGCAUUCAGAGAAACAACCCUGGAUUAAAAUCAGCUCGUGUUUCUGAGAUUUGAGCUUACAUAUAAUGAGAUAAAUGCAAAUUUUCAAUACCAUGCUGAAAAAAGUUGCACAUUUUGCUAAGCCUAAUGGCAGAAUUUUGAGCGGUAAUUUUCGAAUUAUUUGAUCUAGAACUUGUCGUUGCUUUCUAAUGCAGGCAAGCGAUUUCUAUCACAAGAAGAAGCUCUCGAGCUCUAUUUUAGCAUAUCGGACGAUCCGGACUCCAAUGAUUCGGAUGGGGAAAGCACAGACGAGAAUGUCAUUCCCGAGCUUGCGCCUCAUUGUACAGAUGAGGAUGCCAGUGCAGAUGAAAUGGCUGCGUCAACGAGCAGACAGGCAAAACGCAAGGCAACCUAUACAAAAAAGAAAACAAAGAGGCGGAAAAGAUCGCUAGACCUGUGCGACAACAUCGUGGAAAAUGAGGAAGAAACGCCGGGCACAUGGGGUUGUGACGAGCCAGACCAUGUUCUGCAAGUCCCAAAAACAUGGGAUCCUGAGAUGUCACAAAAGUUGCCAUCCAAACCGAUUGAAGCUUUUUCACUCUACUUCGACGACGAAGUAAUGCAGCUCCUUGUAGAGGAAACAAACCGCUUUGCAGAACAGAAAAACUGGCGAAAAUGGAAAACGAUCACGUUAGAUGAGCUUCGGGCUUUCUUCGGCAUUCUGAUUCUCAUGAGUGUAAACCCGAGACAUCAGCUGUACCUUUACUGGAGCAGCGAUAACUUUUUCAAUGCACCAGAAAUCUCAAAAGUCAUGUCGUUCAAGCGAUUCCAAUCCAUCAUGAAUUGCCUGCAUUUGAGUGACAACACGAAAGAAAAAAAAAGAGGCGAAGAUGGAUAUGACCGGCUGGCAAGAGUACGCCCUCUCAUCGAUGCUCUGAACAAACGUUUUCAGAAAGAGUACACGCCAUCGGCUCAUCAAGCUAUAGAUGAGAGUAUGAUCCUAUUCAAAGGAAGAUCGUCUCUGAAGCAAUACAUGCCAAUGAAGCCCAUCAAACGCGGCUACAAGGUGUGGUGCCGGGCCGAUUCAGAAACCGGCUACCUGAUUGCGUUUCAGGUGUAUGAAGGAAAAAAUGCGAAGCGUCCUGCCAACCAAGCACUUGGAGAGUACGUCGUAUUGUCUCUGGUAGAAGGCGUUGAGCCUGGCACGCAACUCUACUUUGACAAUUUCUUCACUUCCACUCGCCUCAUGGAGGACCUUGCACAGAAAGGAAUUCUUGCUGUUGGUACAGUCCGGACAAACAGGAAGGAUCUGCCUGAUGAAUUGAAAAUGGACAACAAACUCCAGAAAGGAGAAUAUAUCUGGCGAUCAAAAGGAAGCAUUGUUGCAUAUCAGUGGCGUGACACAAAAAAUGUGCAUGCUUUAUCGAAUUUUCACCACCCAAAGGACACAGAAGAAGUUGUCCACAAGCUUGCAAAUGGGUCUUCGGUUUCCGUCCAGUGUCCAAAGGCUAUAUCCGACUACAACACUUGGAUGGGAGGAGUCGACAAAUUCGACCAAAAGCGCAAUGCAUACCGAGCUGACAGGAGGUCCAAAAAGUCCUGGUACAGAAUAUUUUAUUUCUUGCUCGAUGCAGCCAUCGUCAACGCGUUCAUUCAAGUAAAUGCUGUGAAUCCAAUGACCUACUUAUGGUUUCGAUUGGUUCUUGGACGGGAACUCAUCAAUGGCCAGACAUUCAGAACCACCGGCAGCAGGAAGCCGUUCAGAAUGAACAAGGAGGGUAGAAAAAAUGGCCACAAAAUGGUUGGCGUAUCGGAUGAAGUUCGGUUCAUGGGAAGAGAGCACAACCCUGUGAAAGUGGAAAAUAGGCGCAGAUGCCGUUGGUGUUCCACGAGGGGGAAAGAAGUGCGAACAAGUUUCUUGUGCAAGGCAUGCUCAGUCCCGCUUUGUGUGACCUGUUUUGGACCAUUCCAUGAAGUGGUUAGUCAGAACUAACCUAGUGUGGCACCCGUGUAGGUCAAUGGGAUAAAUACGUCCCACAUUUCAUUUUCCCAUUUAGUGUCAAUGGGACAAAUGCGUCCCACAUUUUUUUCUUUAACUAUACAUAAUAAAACUGUGAAAUUUGUUUAGAAUCAUUUCUGUACACCUCAUUUUCAAGUGUAAUAAAAAAUUUUUUAUAAUUCUUGCAAAAAAUAUAUGUUGUCCCACAAAGGGUGCCGGCAAUGAGUAUGAAACUGCAGCAGUGCUAGUAGAGUUGGACGUGAAAAUAACAACUACUGGGUCCAGCAAGACAAAAGAAAAGGACUUGCAGCAUAGCACAAGUUCUUCCAAAAAAAGGUUAAGUGAGGCUUGCCCUGGUUCAUUUUGAGAGAUAUUGGUAGGGGAGGUAUGUGAAUAAACGGAAAUAAUGUUGCCCGUUGUCUCAAAGCAUCAUUUCUGCUGGUGUCAUAGUCUUGGAGCAACAAAAAUCUUUAGUAGUACUUAUCCUAUUGCAUUAAUUCUUUUUUUGUCAGAAAGGUAGUGAAUUGGUGAGUGAAGUAGGCUUAAUAUAUGAGUACAGUUGCCGACCGCUUA